AUGCUCAGGCGCGGGUCCCCACGGUCUGGCCCGGGCGUCCGCGGCGGGGCUGUGUCUGCGGCGCCGCGAAUCAGCAGCAGCGGCAGCCUUCGCGGGGACAGUGGCGGGGAGUCCUCGGAGCGCCAGACCGCUGCCCGCGCUGCAGUGGCGGGAAGCGGGUGGGGAGGGACGGGCGGGCUCGGGGGAGAACUGGGAGUUGGGGACGCGGAGACUUGUGAGUGGGGGGCUGUCAACGCGACCGCUGGGAGCCACCUGGGAGGCGGGGGCUCGCCAGCGGCUCGGCGCGGCGGUGACAGCUGCGGCGGCGGCAGGAGGCUCUCCCGGGUGCGGGAGGCGCCGCUCCAGCAUCCCGCCGUCAGCCGCCCUGAGCCCCUGUCCGUCUCUGCCCUGUGUCUCUGGGCCAACUUUGUGCUGUGUUGGGGGCGGGGUCCUGCGGGGUGGGGCGCGGUGCGCGGUGGAGGACCUGAGCGGGAGGGGAGCCUUUUCUUUACUCUUCCCCGCCUGCUCGCCUUCAGCAUUUCUUCCGCGCUCCGGCUGCCGGCCGCGCUGGCCAAAGCAACAGCUCCCCACCCGGCUGUAGGGAUGUGCUACGCAGCCCCAAAUAGGGCAGAUUAG